AUGGAGUAAUAUAUUGAUCACGAACUUACAAUCCAACAAUUCUUCAAGUAGCAUCAAAUAACAUCACCUUUACUCUCCCAACUCAAAAGGGAGUUCGGUAUCAUCAAGCAUCCCACUUUUAUAAUGAAUAAUUUGCUCUAAAUCAUCCAACACAAAAAACAUUUAACAUGCAUCGAAGCACCAAAAUAGAGUGGAAGAACUAUGUCAUGUCUUUUGAUUAUUUUGGAUUACUUCCUGAAAUCUUUAGAUCACUUCACUCCAGACGAAGAAAAUGGAUAUUAUUUGCUUAUUACCUCAGCAAGCAGGGAAUAAUCAGCACAUUGCAAAUCCGUUGUUCAAAAAUUGUUAGACAAUUAUCUUUAAGAAAUUGCCUUACUUGAUAUUAAUUCACAAUUUCCCCUAAAUGCAAAAAAUGAUCAAUACAAUAUUGUAUUGCCUCCAGUAACCUAACCAUCUAUUUUGUUUGCCACAUAUUAUUCUGUGAGUAAAUUAAAGGCUAGUGGUAAGGUAGACAACAAAUGCUUCUAAUUUGCUUUAUUUGAUGAUUGCAACCUAGCCACUCUAUAUGGUGGAUAACACUAGUUGGAAACAGUUUCUAAGUGGAUUUCCAAGAAUUAAUUUACAAUUUAUAUUGGAGAUGAAAAAUUGAUUGAAGUUAUACUUGGAAAGGCAAUUACAGUUGCUAAAAUCGAAGAGGAUUAGGAAGAGUAAGAAUAAGAAGAUAGAGUCAUUUAAUAAACUAAUAAUGCAUUGCCCAAUUUGUUUUACUAUUUUUAUUCAGACUUUACUUAAUAAUAGAUAGUCCUUUACAUCACUUUGAAACUUAACCUUGUGUAAGGAAAGACACUCAUAAUAGUAUAAAAUUUGUUUGAGAUUUAUUAUUUACAAUUACUUUUUCAAAGAUGUAAUAUUGAAAGAUAUCAAAUUUAUAACCAUGAAAACCCAAAAACACUUAAAUAUUAUACUUUGUCGACUUUCAAUACCGGACUACUGCAAAUGUAUUCUUAAGAUUUGGAAAAUGAAUUCUUUGAAAGAAGCAAAUAACAAACUAAAAAAUCCAAAUAACCUUACACUUUAAAGAAGUUAGAUAAUAUCAUUUUGUACAAUUUAUUGCCAAACGAAUUGCCUGAUUAAAUUUUAAAAUCUGUGAGCAAUACUGUGUGUAUCGUUUCAAAUAAUGAAUAAAAUGUUGAAACAGUUAUGUAGUUUGUAAACACUGAGUAUAAUAAUAUUAAUUGCAAAGAAUAUCCAAUAAAAUAAAAUGAAAUUGAGGCAUUCCGCUAUCGUAUAGAAGAUACAACCAAAAAUAUAUCUAAGUAUUAGGUUAAAAUGGCAGAGCAAAUAGAUUUCAAAAAGAAGAUGAUCAAGUCACCAGAUCUAGUGGAGUACUUUUAAUAGAAUUAGAAAGAAAAAGAAUUGUUGUAGGAUCAAAUCGUAUAAUUAAAGAAGAAGUUGAAUAGAUCAGCAAUAUAAUUGCCAUAAGGUCCUGUAUCUGAGUAUUUGUUACCAGAAUUCAUCAAGAAGUAAAGGAAGAUGCAGGGAGAUUAAUAGAAGGUCAAAGUACUUGUGAGAGUUCAUGAUUAAAUUACUGAUAAAUUGAUAAGGAAAAGAAGAUUGUUGAAUGAUGAAUAGAAUAACAAUAUGUUGCCUGAGUAAGAAGAGAAACCUAGAACAAAGAAGCCUGAGAAUUAAUAUGUGACAAUCAAUUAAGAAGACGAGGAUCCUGAAUUAGUUGAUUCAAUCUCGUCUUAAACCCAUAAGUGGUAAGAAAACAUGGAAGUUGAAACAUGGAUUCAAAUUGAAAAAGAGAAACAAGAGGUUGGAAAGGAAGGGAGUCUUCACUACCUGAGUGUAUAUAAAUUAAUUUAUUUAACAAUUUUAUAGAAUGUUAUAUGA